AUGGGCGAAUCCAAACCCCACUCCAAAACUGUUCGAGGAACUCUCGACAACCCCAAAACCAAAGAAGCUAUCAAUUCUGGCAAGCCCCCGCCUCGACUCGGCGACCCAAUCUCUCUCAAGGCAGAAAACGAUGACAGUAAGAAGCUUCCCGCAAACGACUCCGCACCACCAGGUGGACAGGGCAACGAUUCCGGAGCAAACGUCGGUGCACCAACACCAUCAAACCCAAGCGGAGAAUUACCGCAUUCAAAGAAAGCCCGAGGAGCGCUUGGUAGCAAAUUAUGA